GUCUCUUCACACUCCUCGUUGAAGAUUUUGGGGUCAAGGGAGUCCAGGUUGAAGAGAUUUAUGAUCUGCAGAGCAAAUGCCAAGGCCCUGUGUAUGGGUUCAUCUUCCUGUUCAAGUGGAUUGAGGAGCGUAGAUCACGCCGGAAGGUCUCUACCCUGGUGGAUGAGACAUCGGUGAUUGACGAUGACAUCGUUAAUAACAUGUUCUUUGCUCACCAGCUGAUCCCCAAUUCCUGUGCCACCCAUGCCCUGCUCAGCGUCCUCCUCAACUGCAACAAUGUCGACCUGGGCCCCACGCUGAGCCGCAUGAAGGAUUUCACCAAAGGAUUCAGCCCGGAGAGUAAAGGCUAUGCCAUCGGCAAUGCCCCGGAGCUGGCCAAGGCCCACAACAGCCAUGCCAGGCCGGAGCCGCGGCACUUGCCGGAGAAGCAGAACGGUAUCAGCGCUGUGCGAACCAUGGAGGCUUUUCAUUUCGUCAGCUACGUCCCCAUCAAGGGGCGGCUGUUUGAGCUGGAUGGGCUGAAGGUCUAUCCCAUUGACCAUGGGCCGUGGGCUGAGGACGAGGAAUGGACGGACAAAGCCAGGAGGGUGAUCAUGGAGCGCAUCGGCCUGGCCACCGCAGGGGAGCCGUACCACGACAUCCGCUUCAACCUGAUGGCGGUGGUGCCUGAUCGGAGGAUGAAGUACGAGUCCAAACUGCACAUCCUGAAGAUGAACCGCCAGACUGUGCUGGAGGCCUUGCAGCAGCUUAUCCGAGUCACUCAGCCUGAGCUGAUCCAGACCCAGAAGUCUCAGGAGUCGCAGCCUUCCGAAGAGGCAAAGCUAGCCAGCAGCAAGACCGUGACUCCAGAGAGCACCCAUCCAGAUGGCACCGAUGAGCCCACCAGCCAGGGCCACCCUGUGGCUACACAGAGCCCACCCAACAAAUCCAAACCGGUGACAAAGACAUCUGCAAGCAGCAUCAACGGGGCACCUCCAGCAAACCCCAACCCCAUCGUGCAGAGGUUGCCAGCCUUCCUGGAUAAUCACAACUACGCCAAGUCCCCCAUGCAGGAGGAGGAAGACCUUGCAGCAGGAGUGGGUCGCAGCCGGGUCCCAGUUCGACAGCACCAGCAGUACUCGGAUGAUGAGGAUGACUACGAUGAUGAUGAUGAGGAAGAAGUUCGUAACACCAACUCGGCUAUCAGCUACUCACCUUCCCUGCUGUGUUCCUGGGCAGAUGGGGGGAAAAGCUCUCCCCCUUCCAUCAAACCCGGUGAAGAGGCCCCGGUCGCAAUCAAACUGGACGAGAAGGAGGGCAGUGAGGCCAGUGACAGCAAAGAGAAGGUGGGACUUGGCAGGACCAGUGAUCACCCUGGGGGGGAAAAGUAUUCUCCCAAGGAGCUGCUGGCACUGCUGAAGUGCGUGGAGGCCGAGAUUGCCAACUACGAGGCCUGCCUGAAGGAGGAGGUGGAGAAGAGGAAGAAAUUUAAGAUUGAUGACCAGAGGAGAACCCACAACUACGAUGAGUUCAUCUGUACGUUCAUCUCCAUGCUGGCCCAGGAAGGCAUGCUGGCCAGCCUGGUGGAGCAGAACAUCUCCGUCCGCCGGCGGCAGGGAGUCAGCAUUGGCCGUCUGCACAAGCAGAGGAAGCCGGACCGCCGGAAACGCUCCCGCCCGUACAAAGCCAAGCGGCAGUAGCCUGGGAGCCAGGACUGUGAGGAGCAGCAGCUGGCUGGGCUUUGUGGCUUUGGGCAGUGGCACUUGGAUCUGUUACCCUUUGCCCAAGGAAGAGGGACCACAGUGACAAGCCCUUGGCCGAGGUGGAGCCUGGGGACAAAGAGAAAUCGGGUUCUCCUCCGAGCCCAA